GGUCACUGUGUGGGAAGUGCUGAAAUAUCUGAACGUCACUGCCACCGCCGCCGCCUUUGGCCAGAGGAGAUCUGCAACUACUGGCGGGUCACUCGCAUUUUGGGAUAGUUGAAGAUCGAAUUAGGAAACCUGUCAACAACAACAACCAAGGAUUCAAUAUAUAUAUAUAUAUAUAUAUCUAUCCACUAGACAGGAUACAAUAGCGGAAAUAAACGUUUUCCGCUCCGGUUUAGUGGUUAGUUCAUACGGCUUUAGUUAGAGCUUCACUUUUAGAUCGCCAAGUCAGGUGUAUUUAUUAAACACGUUGUAACGUAUUUCUUUGACUGAGUUGAUUACAGCGAUUGAUGUGAUUCCUAAUUGUACACUAAAUGGUUAUGGAGAAGAAGAGGAUGGAUUGUCCCUCUCUGCCACCGGGCUGGAAGAAAGAAGAAGUGAUCCGGAAGUCAGGGCUCAGUGCUGGCAAGAGUGAUGUCUAUUACUACAGUCCCAAAGGGAAGAAGUUCCGGAGCAAACCUCAGCUGUCCCGUUACCUAGGCAACACGGUGGACCUGGGAUGUUUUGACUUCCGAACGGGCAAGAUGAUGCCCGGCAAGAUGCAGAAGAACAAACAGAGGCUACGGAAUGAGAACCUCUCCAUCAACAAGGGUAAACCAGACCUGAACACAGGACUUCCUAUCAGACAGACAGCCUCCAUCUUUAAGCAGCCCGUCACCAAAGUGGUGAACCACCCCAGCAACAAGGUGAAGACAGACCUGCAGAGAGCCACAGAGCAGCCCAGACAGGACAGCGGUUGGUCGGUUGCCGUGGCCAACCAGACGCUGUGUCCCUGUAUGUCCGUCAGGGAAGAUGAGGUCUGUCGACGAUAA